AUGCCCAAGAAGCAUCCUGAUGUCCCUCUUUUGACCCUUUCAGAAGUUAAACAAUUCCUACUCCACUGUUACAUUGAAGAAGCACUGGAAAUUGGCUUUUGGUCACCAGGGUCUGAUCUGGAAGUGUCUCUGAGAGGAAGGAGCGUUCAACUUUACCCUGCAGAGCUGAGCUGGAGGCUCCCCGGGCAGCCGGGCUCCCCGGCGCAAGGGAACAACCAGCCUGUUCCCUUGCAGGUGGGCACAGCGGCUGAGAACUCGCUGCUUAGUGGCCGGGUUCCCUUUCUCGUCGUCUCCGAGUGUGUCCCUAUGGACUGUGUCCCUAUGGACUGUGCCCCUGCUGAGUGUGUCCCUAUGGACUGUGUCCCUAUGGACUGUGCCCCUGCCGAGUGUGUCCCUAUGGACUGUGUCCCUAUGGACUGUGUCCCUAUGGACUGUGUCCCUAUGGACUGUGCCCCUGCCGACUGUGUCCCUAUGGACUGUGUCCCUAUGGACUGUGUCCCUAUGGACUGUGCCCCUGCCGAGUGUGUCCCUAUGGACUGUGCCCCUAUGGACUGUGUCCCUAUGGACUGUGUCCCUAUGGACUGUGCCCCUGCCAAGUGUGUCCCUAUGGACUGUGUCCCUAUGGACUGUGCCCCUGCCGAGUGUGUCCCUGCGUGCAGCUCUCAGGUGCUGCUGGGGUCCCUCGGGCCCUUAAAAGCUGCAGCCCCGCAGGUGAAAGGUGUUUCUUGCUUCUCACACUCGAGAUUUGUUCAGAGAGCGGUUGCUGUGCAGCCCUGUUCAUGGUUUCCUGACGCUGGAGGGGAACCCACCGGCAGCUGCAUCAGGCCCAGUGAGCAGCAGCACUUCGAGAAGACUCUCCUCUGCAAAGAGCCCAUUGUCCCCCCAACCAGGGCAACACAAGAUGAUUUCACAGCAGUUAAGUGUCAUGGUCCAGUUGCUGUCUACUGUGGGAUCAUUCCCAAAUUCAGACCCAGAUAUGCAGCUCUCCAAGGUGGAAGCUUUGCUUUGGACCAGCAGUUUCGUGGCAGCAGUUGGACCACUGGAGAAGAAGAGUCCCCAACUCUGGAACCUGUCUUGCCUGUAAUUCAACAUUGUGUUGUUGGUGACAUGAGGUUUGCUGGACCUUUGUGUAAAUCCGUGUCCCCACUAACAGGCCUCCCACUCAGCCAGGCUGAGGAGAUGGAUCAUCUUGUGAGGCCUCACCUUCCCAGUGACGAUGACUUGAAGGACAGUGUUGGCCCACUGCCUGUCAAAGGGACAGUUUCCACGUUUCCCAGAAUAACCAAUGCACGCAGAGAGAAUGCUGGUACUGCCUUGAGGAGACAGGUCAACAGGCCCUCACUGCCCAGCCUCCCUAUCACCAAGCAAGGUGGCAGCUUCCCACACAACUCAGUGAACUCGCUGAUGGCCACUGCUCUGGACUCCCUGGAAUGUGGAGAGGAGAUGGGGGGUGGAGACACCUGGGGAACCAGACCCAGGCCCCAGCAGAUGCUGCUUGCCACGCUCACGUUGCUCAGCAGUGACGACUGGGAGCAGCAGGUGAAGGGACUCUUUGACAUCAGAUGCCUGGCUAACUGCCACUCAGAAGUCCUUCUGUCUAGACUUCAUGAUGUUUCCAUCGCAAUUACCAAAGAGGUGAGCAACCUCCGCUCGAAGGUGUCCCGCUCUGCAGUCGUCACUCUGGGAGAGCUCUUCAGGACCUUGAAGCACCACAUGGACCACGAGGUGGCUGGGAUUGCUUCUGUCUUGCUGCAGAAGACGGGGGAGUCCAGCGAGUUCAUUCGGGAAGCAGCCAGUCAGUCCCUGGGAACGAUGGUGGCGAAUGUGACUCCGGCAAGAGCGAUGGCUGCUCUCAUGGCUACGGGAGUCUGGCACAGCAACGUCCUGGUGCGGAAAUGCGCGGCCAAACACCUGUUGACCUUGGUGGAGCAAGUUGGAGCCGAGAAGCUCCUGUCAGGUACACGCGACAGGACCCAGCUCCUGGUGCACACGCUGGUGAGGCUUGCUCAGGACUGUCACCAGGACACAAGGUGUUACGGACGGAAGAUGCUGCAUGUACUGAUGAAUCAUCCAAAAUUUGAUAGGUAUUUGAAACAAUCCGGACUGUCACGUGACUUGGAAGAUAUUAUGGCAACAAUUAAGAAGAGAGGAAUAGAAGACCAUAAAGGUGAACCUCCAGCUGGCAGAGACCCCAAGGAGUCUAAGAACAGGAACUCGAAGACAUCCCAGGACAAGUUGCCUCCUAUUGGAGGCUUGAAGCCUGGCCCUGAUGUACUCGCCCUGCCCCCUCAGAAAGUCCCUCGCACCCCAGUUCACACUGUGGAAGUGACUGAACAGCUCCUGGAGCUUAAUGGCCUCCUGACAGCCCGGGAGUUUCAGUCAAGGAUGAAGGGGCUGGAGCUCCUCCUGGAUCACUGCAAAAGCAGCCCCCAGUUCAUUUCCACUAAUGUUGUCCAGAUUUUUGAUGGUUUUGUCCUGACACUUCAGGACUUCCACAAGAAAGUGAACCAGAGGGCAUUGGAGGUUUUGGCUUUGAUGAUACCUGUACUCAGAGGUGCCUUACAGCCAGUAAUGGUCUCUCUGAUGACAGCAGUCAUUGACAACCUGAACUCAAAGCACUUGGGGAUUUAUGCUGCAGCUGUGAAGGUGUUGGAAGCAUCCAUGGCUCACCUAGAUAAAACAUCUCUGCUGCAGCUGUUUGCCAGCCGAGUGCCUUACCUGACUGGCCAAGCUCUGCUGGAUGUCACAGAGUAUCUCUCAGUGCUUGUGGAAUCAUCUUAUCCCCGGAAAUCCCAAACCAUCCAGCGCUACGCCCUGCCUGCCCUCUGGUGUCUCCUGGGGAGCAGGGCCCUGCCCGUCCUCAAGGCUGGGGUCGCCAAGCUCGCCAGGAGCCUCGACCGAGUGAUGGGCUCCAGGCUGAAGGAACAGGCCACCAAGCAGCCUCCACAUGUGGCAAAGAACCUCUGGGACAUUUUGGGAAUGAGUAUCGGGUGA